AUGCAGACCAGGUCCCGAGCUCGUGACGUGCACGAUCUAGACGCCAUCCAAGAAGCCCAGGCAAACGGAAUGGAGCAGAACCCCCCUGGUGAACAAUCAGUUCCUCAGGAGGCGACCCCCCUGACUCACCAGCAGAUACCCUUCAAUGGGGGGAGUCCCCUCGUCCCAUCAGAAAUCUCCGGCUGUACCCCCAACCGGAGUAUUCCCCCCGGAGAUCCCCCCCAAGAGCCGAUGAUUCAGCUAACACAGGAGGCUUUACUAGCCUUGAUUCGAGAUGCGUCCACACGAGCUGCGGCUCAAGCCGUGGCCCAAUUUGUGGCGCAACAACCAGUAAACCCGCCCCCUCCUUCCCCUCGCAGAAGUCGAGAACUAUCCUCGGCUCCCGAGGAGGAGGAGCAGAGACGAAGCCCAUUUGCCUCCCAUAUUCUAGCCGAGGCGCUCCCAGCCGGUCUCAAGGUGUCGAAUUUACCAGAAUAUGACGGGGCAAGAGACCCACAGGAACACUUAGACAAGUUCUAUGCCAAGAUUGACUGGUAUGAUCUGAGUGAUGCCGCGUACUGUAAAGUCUUCCGCACUACACUUUCGAAGCGUGCGUUAGCUUGGUUCAACCAACUGCCCGCUGGAACUAUUUCCAGCCUCGAGCAGUUAGUUCAGCAUUUUUUGCACCAUUUCUCAAUGAACAAAAAGAUCCCGAAAACAGCGGCAUACCUGUUCACUGUUCGCCAGAGAGAAGGCGAGACCCUGAGAGACUUCAUGCAAAAAUUCGUAGAUGCUGUUCAUGAGGUCCCUCACGUCAAUCAAGAGUUGUUAGCUAGUAUCGUCCAGCAGAAUCUACAACCGGGAAGAUUCAAGGAAUCUAUAGCCGGUAAACCCCCUAGCACUAUGGAGGACUUGAUUGUGCGUUCACAGAAAUACAUCCGCGUAGAGGAGUCGAACGCGAUGGAUCCUUCCUUCAACAACAAGAGGAAGGGUCGGAAGGAAGAGAAAGAGCCGAAGAAGAAGGAGGAACGCAAACAUGUACCUCCAGCUGGUUUCGCCUGCUACACCCCUUUGAAUGCCCCCAGAGGAGAGAUAUUAGUCGUGGUCGAGCGGCAGGGACUGAUCAAUCAAUGGCCGAAAAAGAUGAAGGACAAUCCUAAGAGGUUCAAAUCCGACAAAUACUGUCGUUUCCAUCGAGACAGAGGCCACACUACGGAGGAGUGCCACCAUUUGAAAAAUGAGAUCGAAAAGUUGAUCCAAAGAGGAUAUUUAAAAGAAUAUGUCAAUCAGGAACCGAAGCACCAACCUCGGGACUCAACCUCCAAACAAGCCGGGAACGGCGACAACCUCCCCACGGCAGGGGUCAUCGCCGUGAUUUCGGGUGGCCCCGCUGGGGGCGACUCGGCCAAUGCUAGAAGGGCCCUCACUCGAGCAGCUAGGGGGAGUCACGCGCAAACCCCUAUCCAAUUAGGGAUUGAUAAUGCACAACUUCGGAAGGUCAAUACUCCUCUCACGGGUUUCAGCGGGGACAUGAUCCAACCAAUGGGGGAGGUGAUGCUGCCACUAUCCCUCGGCUCUCUUCCAAAAAGAUCCACGAAAUUAGUGAAGUUCCUCGUGGUGAAAGCCCCAUCCGCUUACAACGUCAUCUUGGGAAGACCGAGCCUGAACCUCUUCCGAGCAAUAGUAUCUACCUACCACCUGAAGUUGAAAUUCCCCACUCCUGACGGCGUGGGGGAAGCGAUAAGGGACCAAAGAAUGGCGAGGGAGUGCUAUAUGAAUACACUUAAAAGAUCUCGUGAGAAGACGGAUGAGGCGACCGAUGGAAAAAUGAAGAAAAAAAUGACCGACGGGAGACAAGGGACAACGAACCCCCCAGAGGAGUACGUGGGCGCACCUUAG